GGAGUUGAGGCCUUGGAGGCUGAGAUGUGGUUCUGCGCGUGCGCGGACGGCUGUCUGUUAACUCCGCGGUCAGUUCCCGGACUGGCGGCUGGUCUGUAGGGUUGACCUACGCAAUGCAGAGGCUGCAGGUAGUGCUGGGCCACCUGAGGGGUCCGGCCGAUUCCGGCUGGAUGCCGCAGGCCGCGCCUUGCCUGAGCGGUGCCCCGCAGGCCUCGGCCGCGGACGUGGUGGUGGUGCACGGGCGGCGCACGGCCAUCUGCCGGGCGGGCCGCGGCGGCUUCAAGGACACCACCCCCGACGAGCUUCUCUCGGCAGUCAUGACCGCGGUUCUCAAGGACGUGAAUCUGAGGCCGGAACAGCUGGGGGACAUCUGUGUCGGAAAUGUGCUGCAGCCUGGGGCCGGGGCAAUCAUGGCCCGAAUCGCCCAGUUUCUGAGUGACAUCCCGGAGACUGUGCCUUUGUCCACUGUCAAUAGACAGUGUUCGUCGGGGCUACAGGCAGUGGCCAGCAUAGCAGGUGGCAUCAGAAAUGGGUCUUAUGACAUUGGCAUGGCCUGUGGGGUGGAGUCCAUGUCCCUGGCUGACAGAGGGAACCCUGGAAAUAUUACUUCGCGCUUGAUGGAGAAGGAGAAGGCCAGAGAUUGCCUGAUUCCUAUGGGGAUAACCUCUGAGAAUGUGGCUGAGCGGUUUGGCAUUUCACGGGAGAAGCAGGAUACCUUUGCCCUGGCUUCCCAGCAGAAGGCAGCAAGAGCCCAGAGCAAGGGCUGUUUCCAAGCUGAGAUUGUGCCUGUGACCACCACGGUCCAUGAUGACAAGGGCACCAAGAGGAGCAUCACUGUGACCCAGGAUGAGGGUAUCCGCCCCAGCACCACCAUAGAGGGCCUGGCCAAACUGAAGCCUGCCUUCAAGAAGGAUGGUUCUACCACAGCUGGAAACUCUAGCCAGGUGAGUGAUGGGGCAGCUGCCAUCCUGCUGGCCCGGAGAUCCAAGGCAGAAGAGUUGGGCCUUCCCAUCCUUGGGGUCCUGAGGUCUUAUGCAGUGGUUGGGGUCCCACCUGACAUCAUGGGCAUUGGACCUGCCUACGCCAUCCCUGUAGCUUUGCAAAAAGCAGGGCUGACAGUGAGUGACGUGGACAUCUUCGAGAUCAAUGAGGCCUUUGCAAGCCAGGCUGCCUACUGUGUGGAGAAGCUACGACUCCCCCCUGAGAAGGUGAACCCUCUGGGGGGUGCAGUGGCCUUAGGGCACCCACUGGGCUGCACUGGGGCACGACAGGUCAUCACGCUGCUCAAUGAGCUGAAGCGCCGUGGGAAGAGGGCAUAUGGAGUGGUGUCCAUGUGCAUCGGGACUGGAAUGGGAGCCGCUGCCGUCUUUGAAUACCCUGGGAACUGAGUGAGGUCCCAGCCUGGAGGUGCUACGCAGACAGUCCUGCUGCUCUAGCAGCAAGGCAGUAACAUCACAAAAGCAAAACUACAUGGGAAAACUCAGCACUGGUGGUGGUGGCAGUGGACAGAUCAAGGCACUUCAACUCAUUUGGAAAAUGUGAACACUGGUGACAUGGUAUAGGAGUGGGUGGGGUGUUGAGCCACCCAUCGGACCCUCUUUAGCUGUGCAAGACAAAAGCAGCCUGGGUCACCCAGGCCACAAGGCCAUGGUUAAUUCUUAAGGCAAGGUGAAUCCAUGGAUGAGAAGUGCAAUGGGCAUAGUAAAAGUGCAUGAAUUUA